AUGUUGUCUCUACUCCAUCCAUCCAUCAUUCUCAGCGCUUUGGCGGUGUUGCCAAUGCUCACGUCUGCCUCGCCUACAGGGGCCCCACCAAUUGGACCGCAAGCUGCCAAGAGGGAGAUCAGUUGUAACUCCAACUAUGAAGGUUAUGCAUUUCUGUAUUUCAGCAACCGCGAUGAGAACAUUUAUCUGGCUGCCAGCAACGGAAAUGACGCCCUGUCCUUCACAGAGCUCAACAAUGGCAAGCCCAUCUUGACAUCCACCAAAGGCGACGGUGGAGUUCGAGAUCCCUUCAUCUUGAGGUCACACGAGGGAGACAAAUUCUACAUCCUGGCUACUGAUCUUUGUAUCGGCUGCGGCACGAGCUGGGGAGACGCCCAGCGCUUUGGCAGUCGACAUCUUGAGAUCUGGGAGUCAACAGACCUGGUCAACUGGAGUGCCCAGCGUCAUGUUGAGGUAUCACCAGAUAAUUACGGAAAUACCUGGGCACCUGAGGCUUAUUAUGAUGACGACCUCAAAACCUAUGUUGUAUACUGGGCGUCUGGAAUCUAUGACAAUGAAGCAAACCCCAAUCAUGACCCCAUUGAGUACCAGCGUAUGGUCUACGCGACAACGGAUGACUUUAUCACGUUCAGUGAGCCCAAGGUUUGGCAGGAUGAACCGCCGAAUGGCCGGAUUGACUCCACCGUCAUCAAGGAGGAUGGAGUCUAUUAUCGUUUCACAAAGGCUACUGUCAAUGGCUGUGCGGAUAUCGUACAGGAAAGCAGUGCCUCGUUGACUGCAGGCUUGGGCGACUGGCGUCAGAUAGCAAGCUGCAUCGGAAAAAACGCGGGAACGCAAGAGGUAGAGGGCCCUUCAAUCUUCAAGACCAACUGCAAGGAUACCAAUGGUGCUAGGUAUAUCCUGCUGGCUGAUGAAUUUGGCGGUAAUGGUUAUGUGCCACUCGAGUCGACUGAUCUUGCUGGUGGGAAGUGGACACUCCGCACGGGUUAUAAAUACCCCGAGUCUCCUCGUCAUGGAACCAUCAUUCCCCUGACUUUGGAGGAGCUGGAAGGUAUCCAGAAGGCUUUUGCUAAUACGGAUUGA